CCGAAACAAACUUUUGACAGAGUUGAAUAAAAGUGAAGAUGUGGGGAAUCUCUUUCUCAUUGUUUGCUCUUAUGAGCUUUGGUUUAGUGGGAGCGAUUGUUUGCAAAAAUGUUAUAAGAGCUGAUUUUCCAGCCGGGUUUGUGUUUGGAGCUGGCUCCUCAGCUUAUCAGACGGAGGGUGCUGCAAACCAAGAUGGAAGGACUCCAAGCAUAUGGGACACCUUUGCUCAUGCUAAGUACAUUGAACCCGGUGGAGACAUAGCAUGUGAUGGAUAUCACAGAUACAAGGAAGACAUCCAACUCAUGGUCGAGACAGGUUUAGAUGCAUACAGAUUCUCUAUAUCAUGGUCAAGACUUAUCCCAAAUGGAAGAGGACCUAUAAAUCCAAAGGGCUUGCAAUAUUACAACAACUUUAUUAAUGAAUUAGUCAGCCAUGGAAUCCAACCACAUGUUACAUUACACCAUUUUGACCUCCCACAAGUACUUGAAGAUCAAUAUGGAGGAUGGGUUAGUCGAAAGAUUGUAAAAGACUUCAUGAAAUAUGCAGAUGUGUGCUUUAGAGAGUUUGGUGAUAGAGUUAAACAUUGGACUACAAUAAAUGAGGCCAAUGUAUUUGCAAUGGGUGGUUAUGGCGCGGGACUCCUACCACCUCAACGAUGUUCGCAUCCAUUUGGUGACUGCUCCAAAGGCAACUCCACAACUGAGCCAUACAUUGCAGCUCAUCAUAUGUUGUUGGCACACGCAUCAGUUUAUAGAUUAUAUGAGAAAAACUACAAGGACAAGCAACGUGGAUUUAUAGGAUUGAAUCUCCUGUCCUUUUCGUUUGUGCCUCUAACGGACAGCAGUGAUGAUGAAAUUGCUACUGAAAGAGCAAAUGUCUUGUUUAUCGGUUGGUUUUUGAAUCCCUUGGUAUUCGGUGAUUACCCGGUUUUAAUGAAGAAGAAUGCAGGCUCAAGGCUUCCGGCCUUCACUGUCCAAGAGUCCGAAAGCAUUAGGAGUUCAUUUGACUUUCUUGGACUGAAUUAUUACUUUGAAAUGAACGUCACUACGAUGCCCUACGUCCUUCAGUUGGAAAAGAGAGAUGUUGUUGCAGACAUGGGAAUACAACUAGAAAAUGUACUAAAUUUCACGUCAAGAUCUGAGUAUCCAAUUGCACCUUGGGGCCUGACUGGAGUUCUGGAGUAUAUAAAGCAACAUUAUAACAAUCCUCUUAUUUAUAUCCAUGAAAAUGGUCAAAGAACUCAGCGUAAUUCAACAUUAGAAGACUGGCCGAGGAUUGAAUACUUGCAGGCAUAUAUUGGGGGUGUCAUUGAUACUAUAAGGAACGGAUCAAACUUGAAAGGGUAUUUCGCAUGGUCCUUUAUGGAUUCUUUUGAGUUGUUUGACGGCUAUGAAGCCCGCUUCGGCUUCUACUACAUAAAUUUUGAUGAUCCGGAAUUGAAAAGACGACGUAAGCUUUCUGCUCAUUGGUAUUCCCAUUUCUUGAAGAGAGAAAACAUCACUUUAGACGGCAUUGUUCUAUCUCCAUCCCGUGAUUACAUAUAAAUUGUUGUAAACCAGUUCUCCGUGGAUACCAUCCUAUAUACAUGCUUUUAUUACAAAUAAUCGCCAGAUCACUUAUAUCUCAUUACGUCUAAUGGUUCUCCUUGCUUGGCCGGAUAUGGAGGCAUUUCUAGAACCUGUAGGGGUUUUGCAGAGGUUGUUUAGCAAAGCCUUUUUGGUAUUCUUCAUGCAUAUGAAGCUGAGUUGAUGGGUGUCAUUCGUGCUACUGAGAUCACUGAAAGAUAUGGUUGGGAUUUUAUUAGUUUGAGCUGUUAAUUAUCACAUUCAUAGAAGGAAAUCAUGUUGCGGAUAUAUAUUGGCCUCACAUGCUGCUCAUUUGGACGAUCAAGAAUGGUGGUUUAAUGCAACCAAACUUUUGUUUGUCAGCCAUUGUUAAGGACUCAAUAGGGUUUUCUUGUUACAGAUUUUGUACAUAGCCGACCCUAUGGUAAAUAUGUACUCCUUUUCCCUUCUAGUAUUUUGCACUGGGUUUUGACUUGAGUGUUUUUAACGAGGCAUAUUUGUAGAUUGUUUUCAAGGGUACAAGUUGGGCUUAAUCCUCCGAGACUGUCUACCAGUUACUUUUAUAGAUGCUUUUAUUUAGAA